UUGAUACAAAUUAAACAUAAGGCGCUUGAAUACCUGCAUACGUAUUUCUGUAUUACUGAUAUCGUGACAGGUCUCUGUUCUCAUCACGGCAACGGAUCGAUUACCUCAUUCCGAGUGACCCUAGCUGGAUCAGGGCAGGCAGUGAAUGAGGUAAACGCGGGGGUUGACGCCCAUAUCGUCUGUGACGUUACCGGCGACCCCCUUCCUCAAGUCGACAUCUUUAAAUACAGCGCCGAGGGGCAGAAUCUGGGGUCUUUGGGUACCGUGUCCGAUGCGAACGGCUACCAGGUACUGUCCGGUGCCAACGCGACGCAGCCCGGCAGAAAGGCCUACCGCUUCGCGCCUGUCAUGAACGGAACAUUCCGCUGUGAGAACCACGUGGACGAGAGAAGUCUACAGCUGGUAGUUAGACAUCAACCUGUUCCCUUGGACCCGCCCACCGUUGAGCAACAGAAGCCAGGCGAGCUAACCGUGUACCGCAGUACGGCUUACCACGGAGACGGGCCUGUCGUCGCCAUGGUCGUACAGUUCCAGCCCUCUGGCGGCAACACCUGGAACAGCACUGGGGAGGUCACCGGAAACAGCUACGUCAUUUCCGGUCUGACUGCCGGAAACAGGAAAGAAGCAAACCUGUUCGCACUUGCCACUUCCAAGCUGGAGAGGGGCGAGCUGACCUCUAUUCCGAAAGAGAUCACAGGCCAGCGGCUCGCCUACCUGCGCCUGCACACCGGGGAGUGGAAGAAGACUGGGAGUUACCGUGUGGAGAGGGAGGACAUCGACAAGUACAUGGAGACCACAGGGUUUGACGGGCUCAUCUGGCAGUUCGAGGGCCUGCCUGACGAGCUGAAGUACAAGUGCAUUGUAGCGAGGCGGGAGGUGAACAAGGCGAAGAACAGAUACAAGAACAUCGUCCCGUACGACUACUCCCGUGUUGAACUGGAGCCUCUACCAGGCAAACCUGAUUCUGACUAUAUCAACGCCAGCUGGGUCAACGGUUACUCCAAGCCGAAAGCUUUCAUCGCCGCCCAGGGACCAUCAGCGGAGACUGUGGAGGAUUUCUGGCGGAUGAUCUGGCAAUACGGGCCGAAGUACAUCAUCAUGAUGGCUGACCAGGCGGACAAGUACAGGGUCCCGUGUCAACAGUACUGGCCAGACAAUGAAACAACAUCGCUGCGGUCUGGUGACCUUCUGGUGACCCUGACUAAAAAAGAAGUCAUGGCGGACUACACCUUUCGAACAUUCAUCGUCCAAAAGGCUGAUGAUGAAGCAUCUCUGAAGCAUCAGAUUACUCACAUGCAGUACACAGGAUGGCCGCAACAUCGAGGCGGCGCCCCUGCACAUAGCAACCCCCUACUGAACCUCAUCAGGACCAUCAAGCUGAGUGACCCGGAGGACUUAGUGCCCCCUAUGGUUGUGCACUGCGGUUCCGGUGUGGACCAGACCGGGGUGUUCAUCGCCCUGUACGCCAUGCUGGACAUGCUGGAGGAGGAGGCGGCUGUCAACAUCCGGGAGUUCGUCGUGCAGAUGCGGGACUACAGGUGUCUCAUGGUCCAAGGGGUGGACCACUACUUGUACAUAUAUGGUUCUGUUCUGGAAGCAAGACGGUGUGGGAAAACUGUUGUACGGACAGACCAGUUCUUAGCCCACGCGGAGUCCAACCUGGGAUUGAAUGGCUCCAAGCGAGGCGCCCACUACUGCAAGGAGUUCGAGAAACUACAGACACUGUGUCCCAACCCGCCGCCGGAAAGAACCAUGACAGGGGCUCUACCCGUGAAUGAGAGCAAGAACAGGUUCCAUAACCUCCUCCCUGAUGACAAAUGGCGGGUGACUCUGACCACGCCUUUAUCCGACAAGGAGGGUAACGACUACAUCAACGCCAUCUACCUGGACAGCUAUAGAAGGCAGAAUGGCUACAUCGUCACCCAGGCACCACUGGCCAACACUGUGACUGACUUCUGGUGCAUGAUCAGUGAUACUAACAGCAACAUCAUCGUCAUGCUCAAUACCGUGGGAGAGUCCUGUCCUAGGUACUGGCCCGCCCUCGCUUCAGCCACCUACGGACCGUUCAACGUGAAGGUGACCAACACACAGAUAACACCACACGUCACCGAGAGGGAGUUCCAACUCACCAACACGUUCAACCAGAAGAAGACGACGGUGCGACAGUUCCAGCUCACAAAGUUUACCGAUGACGGUGACUCCGCCCCCCUGACAGCACCUGAACACCUGCUCCAGCUGUGGACCGAGGUGAACACGUGGUACAGACGGUCUAAAACAGAUGGGCCAAUCACAGUGCACUGCGAGAGUGGAGCAGGCCUGUCUGGUGUCUUCUGUACUGUUGACAUGACCUUGGACAGGUCAGAGGUCGAGCAGGCCGUUGACGUGUUUCAGGCGGUGAGGAUGCUGCGUCACCACCGACCAGAGAUGGUCUGCACGGAGGACCAGUACAAGCUGUGUUACCAGGUUGUACAGAAGCACCUACAGACCACUGCAACCACCUCAUCAUAACAUCACCCAUGGACACAGUACAUGUACGUGGACACAGCACUUUAAGCACAUGGACCCACUGCCAGUCUACGCAGAAUGUUUUAUCAUUCAACAAAGCUAGGCUGCAUUUAGAUUUGCAAUUGUACAAAUUUUAGUAUAAAUUGAUUUGAAUACUAUCAUAAUGGUUCUGGCUAAUCAAAUGGCAAUAACAUCCUAGAACCUUUUGUCGUAAGAUAAAGCCAGCUUCUAGACUUCAUAGUUUUGUCUUUAUACUUGUAACAAAAUCAAUGAUUUCAGUGUUACAUUUUAGAAAAGCCUAUGGCAAGAAUAUGUGCAUGAAAAACAAUUUAUCUAUGACUGCUAGAAGCAGGGAAAACAAGCAUGUAUACAAGUAUUACACUUCAGAAAGAUCAAAUAGUCUCAAUGUGCAACAGCACAGGCAUAGCAAAAUGACACUUUAUUAGAAAAUAAUACAUCAGUAGAUGAACAAACAGCCAACACAUAGCAGCUUUGUCAAAAAAAAGGCUGAUAAAAAGUACAACAUCUUCCUAAUAAGGACCAGCAUUAUACCCGAAAGUCCUAUUUCUGACGUCUGAAUUUGUUUGGGAUAAGAAUUCCUUUUAUUUAUUACAAUACUAUAAUGCUAAGUUUAAAAUUAGUAAUAAUUUUACUGUAACUAAGAUAUUACUUAAACUAUUAUCCAAGAAUAAACAUUUCAUUAACUUAUGGAACAAGUAUCAUUCCUGACUUUAAUAAUCGAUUGGCUUAACUUCAGCUGGCUAACAAUGUAAAAGGCUUUAGCAAGCACAACCACUGUAUCAAACAUACCUACAUGUAUAUCAAGUAUGCAUUAAAUCUAGUACACUUCUC